AUGUCACGUCCUCUCAACUCUUCCUCCUACCCUCUGCAGAGCAUCUCUCAGCGAUCGUCUAUCUCUGGACCCUCGAUGUCAUCUCAACCUAAUAUCGCGGACGAUCCACCAAACAGGAGCAGGCUAGGAGUCGGACAUGGAAAAGGAAAGAAGAAGAGGGUUAGUGAUGCGGAUGAAGAAGAGGCUCUUUUAGGGUACAGUGGAAUGGAUGGCAUUGACGAGCGCAAUGAGAAUAAACGACCGGAAAACGUAAAUAUCGGUGGGAAGGGUAAAAAUGGAUCACGAACGAUCCCUCUUCAGUCAUCCUCAUCAAACAAAUCCCCUUUUCCUCCAAAUAUCGUCCGUAAUCAGAAAUAUAGCGUUGUUACUUUUUUACCUCUGGUAUUUUACGAGCAGUUCAAGUUCUUCUUCAAUUUCUAUUUUCUGGUCGUCGCUUUAUCGCAAUUUGUUCCUGCUCUCAAAAUAGGCUAUAUCGUUACGUAUGUUGCUCCGUUGGCAUUCGUAUUAGCAGUGACAAUGGGCAAAGAAGCAUAUGAUGAUUAUCAACGAUAUAUAAGAGAUAGAGAAGCUAAUUCUACUCGAUAUCUUGUUCUCCUACCUCAACCUCCAUCACCCUUACAUCAUUAUUCCCCACUACCUGGUGAACCCCCUAUAUCACCUUCAUUACCUCGUCCACAAACAAGGUCAACACCUGCUUCAUCUAUAAAAGUAGGAGAUAUGGUCUUGUUAGAAAAGAAUCAACGUAUUCCCGCAGAUAUGGUCUUGUUGACUACUAGUGAAGAAGAAGGAACGUGUUUCAUCCGGACUGAUCAAUUGGAUGGUGAGACAGAUUGGAAAUUGAGAGUAGCGAUUGGAGAGACCCAACAAUUGGGUGAAAAAGGCGUUGGUUCAGCAGAAGGAAGUCUAUAUGCCGACCCGCCCAUUAAAGAUAUCCAUACAUUCUACGGUAUUUUGACUCUUCGUUCUCUCACUCCAGGACCACAAGAGGUAACUACAAUCCCACUUUCGGUCGAAAAUGUCUUAUGGGCGAAUACGGUUCUUGCAGCUGGCUCAGCAGUUGGUUUAGUGACGUACACAGGAAAAGAGACUAGAGCAGUCCUUAAUACUAGUGAACCGGAGACUAAGAUGGGUACACUGGAGAAAGAAGUCAAUAAAAUGGCUAAAAUCCUAUGUACUGUCACUUUCGCUCUGUCAGUGUUCCUAGUCGCCUUGAAUGGAUUUAGAGGUCAAUGGUAUAUUUACGUAUUCCGAUUCUUGAUCUUGUUUUCAUCAAUCAUCCCUAUCAGUUUACGAGUGAAUCUCGAUAUGGGUAAAACUGUAUAUGCCCAUCAAAUACAUAAUGAUCCUGAAAUACCUGAAACUAUCGUUCGAACUUCUACUCUACCGGAAGAACUGGGUAGAGUAGAAUAUCUCUUGAGUGAUAAAACUGGUACCCUAACAAGAAAUGAAAUGGAGUUAAAGAAAUUGCAUAUGGGCACCCUUGUGUUCGGGUGGGAUUCAAUGGACGAGGUCGCUCAUCUCACAUCUCAGGCUCUAAAUGAGCAGGACGGUACCAUGGAACGAAGAAAGAGCUCGAUGAGCGCAAUACCUGGUCGUGGUAGACGUGAUAUGUCAUCGAGAGUUAGAGAUGCGGUAAUGGCUCUAGCUACAUGUCAUAAUGUGACGCCUGUAACCAAUGAUGAUGGCUCCGUAACGUAUCAAGCUUCCUCGCCAGAUGAAGUAGCGAUAGUGGAAUGGGUUGAAUCGGUCGGAGUUCGACUGAUACAUCGAGAUCGAACAUCCAUGACAGUCUUGUCCACUGCAGGUACCGAGUACAUUCACGAUGUAUUGUACAUAUUCCCAUUCACCUCGGAAUCUAAGAGAAUGGGAAUCAUAGUACGCGAACGAUCAAGUGGAAUAAUCACUUUUAUUCAAAAAGGUGCUGAUACAAUAAUGGCUAAAUUGGUGCAGAAGAAUGAUUGGCUAGAAGAAGAAUGCGGCAAUAUGGCAAGAGAAGGUUUACGUACUUUAGUACUAGGAAGAAAAAAACUAACAGAUUCAUCAUUUAACGAAUUUGAUAGAAGAUAUAAGAAAGCACAAUUAGUUUCAGGUGAAGAAAGAUCAAUUGAACUAGCAAAAGUGGUGACAGAAUGUCUGGAAAAUGAAUUAGAAUUAUUAGCUUUGACGGGUGUCGAAGAUAAAUUACAAGAAGAUGUCAAAUCAACACUCGAAUUAUUAAGGAAUGCAGGGUUGAAAAUAUGGAUGUUGACAGGUGAUAAGAUUGAGACCGCUACGAAUAUCGCUAUUUCAAGUAAAUUGGUUGGAAGAGGUCAAUACAUACAUCAAGCUGCCAAGUUGACAUCGUCUGAUCAAGUUAGGGAUAUGCUGGAUUUCCUUAGUGCGAAAUUAGAUGCUUGUUUAGUCAUUGAUGGAGAGUCACUCCAGCUCUGUCUGGAUCGGUUCCGCCCAGAAUUUGUUCACCUAGCUACGCAGCUGCCAACUGUUGUAGCUUGCCGAUGCUCGCCUACUCAGAAAGCAGAUGUUGCAAGGCUGAUAAGGGAGUACACAAAGAAGACUGUUUGUUGUAUCGGUGAUGGUGGAAAUGAUGUCAGUAUGAUCCAAGCUGCAGAUGUCGGCGUCGGUAUAGUAGGAAAAGAAGGAAAACAAGCUUCACUUUCAGCUGAUUUCUCAAUCAACCAAUUCUCAUAUCUUACCAAGUUACUCUUAUGGCACGGACGCAAUUCAUAUAAACGAUCUGCGAAAUUAAGUCAAUUUGUCAUUCAUAGAGGAUUAAUCAUAGCUGUCAUUCAAGCUGUUUUCAGUAGUAUCUUCUUUUUCGCUCCCAUUGCGCUUUAUCAAGGAUGGCUGCAGGUCGGUUAUGCCACCUUAUAUACUAUGGCCCCUGUAUUUUCCUUGGUCUUGGACAAAGAUGUCAAUGAGGACUUAGCAUUACUGUAUCCUGAGCUAUACAAGGAUCUCACAAAGGGUCGAUCAUUAUCGUACAAAACGUUUUUCACUUGGUUGCUCAUUUCAGUAUAUCAAGGAGGGAUUAUCAUGCUUCUGUCUUUGCUCUUAUUCGAAUCUGAAUUCCUGCAUAUAGUGGCUAUAUCAUUCUCUGCUCUGGUAAUCAACGAAUUGAUAAUGGUAGCGUUGGAAGUAACGACUUGGCAUACGUAUAUGAUCUUGAGUGAAUUAGGCACUGCAGUCCUAUACUUCGGUAGUAUGGCUGUUUUACCUGCUUACUUUGAUCUUUCAUUCGUGCUAUCAAAGCAGUUCGCUUAUAAAGUAGCUAUCAUCGUAGCAUUCUCUUCAUUCCCGUUAUACGUCAUCAAAGCUGUUCACAGGAGGUUCAAUCCUGCCGAUUAUGCUAAAGUGUCAGGUAUAUAG